AUGCCUAGAGCUAUUAACUGUGCUGUAGUGACACUGAUCCCAAAAAAUGAUAAUCCUACAACAGUGAAAGAAUACCGACCUAUUGCAUGUUGUACAAUCCUAUACAAGAUCAUUGCAAAAGUGAUAGCCUCAAGGUUACAAAAGGUGAUUUCUUCCAUCAUCUCUAAAGCUCAGGUAGGAUUUAUACCAGGAAGGAAGAUAUCUGAUAAUAUUUUCCUUGCGCAGGAGUUAGUUAAGUCCUAUACCAGAAAGAAUACCUCUCCAAGAUGCAUGCUCAAGAUAGACCUUCAAAAGGCAUAUGAUUCUGUGGAAUGGGUCUUCCUUGAACAAAUGAUGGAUGAGCUUGGAUUCCCUAGGAAGUUUAUUGGAUGGGUGCGUGAAUGUGCAACAACUGUCAACUAUACCAUAUUGAUUAAUGGAGAACCAACUGAGCCCUUCAAUGCUGCUAAAGGACUAAGACAAGGCGAUCCGAUGUCUCCCUUUAUGUUUGCAAUAUCAAUGGAGUACCUAAGUAGGAGAUUAAAUGCACUAAAAGAGGAGAAGGUAUUUAAAUAUCAUCCAAGAUGUUCCGGACUUGGUGUUACACACCUUUCAUUUGCUGAUGACUUGCUCUUAUUUUCUAGAGGCGACUUGAUUUUGUCAAUUUCCUUGUUACUUGCUUUAAAGAAUUCUCAGCAGCUUCAGGACUCUUGGCGAACAAUAGAAAAAGUUCUAUAUAUUUUGGGGGUGUCAAUUAGGCUAUUCAGAAUCAAAUUUUGCAACACCUCGGCUUUUCAAAAGGGGAACUCCCCUUUAAUACCUAGGAAUCCCACUUUCAACCAAGAAACUGUCCCUCACUCAAUGGCAACCAUUGAUCGCAAAAAUGGUUGCAAGGAUCUCGUCUUGGACUGCAAAAAAGCUUUCAUAUGGGGUUAUUACAUCAAGAACCAGCAGUUUAAUCAAGCAAAGAAUCCUCAACAAGUCUCUUGGAUGGUCAGGCAACUCUUUGAGGCAAGAGAAUUAUUGUUCCAGGGGCAACCAAGUUCUGGCACUGAUAACCGAAUCAAAACUUUCUAUUUGCAACUAGUUGGUGAGCAUACUAGGAUACAAUGGAAAUGUUUAAUGUAUGCGAACGAUGCAAGGCGUAAAGCAGUCUUCACUAUGUGGCUAGCCAUGCAUGGUAGACUGCUUACUUUGGACAGACUCGAUAGCUGGGGCAUGAUUGUGGAUACUAAAUGUGUUUUGUGUCAAGGCCAUGAUGAGACAAGGAAUCACCUGCUGCUGGAAUGCAGCUUCUCCAAAUCUGUCUGGCAAAGCAUUCUCAAGUGGAUGAAAGAAGAAGAUCAAAGGGCAAUCAGUUGGGAUCGACUCACAGAACUGAUCAUAAGGAAGUCUAAGGGCAAAUCCAAGAGAGCUCAAAUCUUCAAAUUGGUGGUGACUGAAUUUAUUUAUGCCAUAUGGAUUGAGAGAAACGCGAGGUUAUAUGAGGUUAUUUUCCGUAAGAAUUUCCAACAAUCUUAA